AUGACCGGGAUUUUCGAUGGAUGGUUCAAACGCUAUAGUCAGAGUCAAUCUGUUCGUGGAACGGUGAUGGCUCGGCUACACAGUUGGAAGUUCUUGUGGAAAAAAGAUUUAUUUUUCCAGGAACGAGAAAUGGCGCUCUCUUUACAUGAAGAUGGAUUACUGCGCACGCCGGUCGACGAUGAAGAAAUGUUCGACAAGGAUGUGAGUGAGAUUUCCUUGAAGGGUUUUGAUAGAUUAUCAAGUAAGUUGCUCAGCCAGGUGGCUACCGUAGGGGUCACUUGUAACAAUGAGUUAGCAAAAUCGAUGCGCACUGAUGACCCCAGACGGGACAGUGUGGCAGCAUCGAAGCAACUGCGCCAAGAGGUGGAAGAGCUGGGGCAACGUAAGGCAAAUGCCCCCAUGGAUCAUGAUAACAGCGCCGAAGCAGCUCAGGAGACACUCCUCAAGGAUCUGGACGCCAUCGCACCGGCAGUGUUACGAGACUAUGCGGAAAGGAGACUUUGA